GUUCUUUCAUUGAGGGAGUUUGCUUUUUUUUUUUUUCUUCUUUUAAGUAAUCGCUACACCCAGUGUGUAGUUGGAACUCACAGCCCCGAGACCAAGAGUCGCGUGUUCUACCCACGGAGCCGGCCAGACGCCCCAGGGGGUUGCCCGUCAGCAGUGGGAGGAGGGCUCCGAGCCCAGGAAGGGGGAUUCGGAGACCUGGAUCUGGGGUGCGGGGCUGUCAGAGACGGUCACGACGUGCCCAGCGUCCCUAGUGUAGCGCCAGCUCGGAGCGGUUACCGGUGACGGUGCCGCCACGUGACCAGAAACUGGCCUGUCUGCACCGGCACCUCUUGUUCCCUGCGCCCUGGCCAAGGGUCUGGACCAGUGGGGCCUUGGGACUGCACACAUCUGCUCCUACCUCCUACCUCCCACCCUCUGUUUUCCUUGCUCCUCUCUGCGGCUCCUGGAUAAAAGAAUGGCGAACUCGCUUGCAUCAAAGACCUUCACUGCACUUUCAGAUCUGCAUCCAAAUAUGGCUAAUUUGAAAAUAAUUGGUAUAGUUAUUGGGAAAACAGAUGUCAAAGGCUUUCCAGACAGAAAAAAUAUUGGAUCAGAGAGACACACUUUCAGUUUCACCAUUCGGGACUCACCAACCCAUUUUGUAAACGCAACGUCCUGGGGCAGCGAAGGUUACAUCAGGUCACUUUCUGACAGCUUUAGGGUUGGAGAGUGUGUGAUAAUCGAAAAUCCCCUGAUUCAAAGAAAGGAAUUAGAAAGAGAAGAAAAAUUCAGCCCUGCAACUCCUGGCAACUGUAAACUAUUGCUCAGUGAGAAUCACUCCACGGUAAAAGUUUGUUCCAGUUACCAAGUGGACACCAAGCUCCUUGCUUUGAUAUACUUACCUGUUAAAGAGUCUCGUGAUUUUUAUUCAUUGGGUGACAUUGUUGCAAAUGGAUGCAGUCUGGACGGGAGGAUUAUUAAUGUGCUUGCGGCAGUGAGGUCGGUUGGAGAGCCAAAAUACUUCACAACUUCAGACCGGAGGAAAGGCCAGAGGUGUGAAGUGAAGCUGUAUGAUGAGACAGAGUCCUCUUUUGCAAUGAUAUGUUGGGAUAAUGAAUCUAUCCUGGUUGCACAGAGCUGGGUGCCACGAGACACAGUAAUAUUUGCUUCAGAUGUAAGAAUAAGUUUUGACAAAUUUCGGAACUGCAUGACAGCAACUGUAAUCUCAAAAACCAUUAUUACGACUAAUCCAGAUACCCCAGAAGCUAACAUCCUAUUGAAUUUUAUAAGAGAAAAUAAAGAAACAAAUCCUUUGAAUGAUGAAAUCGACAGUUAUUUGAAAGAAUCUGUAAAUUUAAAUACAAUAGUUGAUGUCUAUACAGUUGAGCAAUUAAAGGUAAAAGCUUCGCAGAAUGAAGGGAAGGCUGACCCUUUCUACGGCAUUCUUUAUGCUUACAUUUCUACACUGAACAUUGACGAUGACACCACAACAGUGGUUCGACACCGAUGCUCGGGCUGUGGUUAUGUUGUAAACGAAUCAUCCAGCACUUGCACUGCUUGCAACAAAGAUUGUUUGGAAUUUAAAUCUGUUUUUCUCAGCUUCCACUUGCUAAUUGACCUCACUGACCACACAGGUACCCUCCACGCUUGCAGUCUCACAGGAGGGGUUGCUGAGGAGACAUUAGGCUGCACGGUAAAUGAGUUUCUUGCAAUGACGGAUGAACAGAAAACAGCAUUGAAGUGGCAAUUUCUUUUGGAAAGAAGCAAAAUUUAUUUAAAAUUUUUUUUAUCACAUAGAGCAAGGGGUGGAUUGAGAAUUAGUGUGCUGUCAUGUAAGCUCGCAGACCCUAUUGAGGCCAGUAGGAACUUGUCUAGACAAGGAAAGAUUUAAAACAAGAUACUUUAAACUCUGGACAAGAAUAUGCGUUUCAACUCUCUGGAAAGUUUGAAAAUUAUGGAUAAAAUUGUAUUUUGUUCAAAGGUGGUAAAAAUGUUUCUAUAAAUUGUUACUACGUUUCCUUCUGGAGUUGGUUGGGGGUAAGUCUUAAAAUCUCUCAUCUGCCCCAGCUCCUUUCUUAGGCCUUCUCUACCAACUUUGCCCUCUCUUGCCAAGUUGGAAAAUGUUGUGUGAAUUAAUAAACAAGUUUAAUCU